AUGGUCGAAGGAAACGGGAGUGUGAUGAUGCACCGCGCUGAAUUCCAUGGCAUUCUCCUCAGCCACAUUCCCAAGGACAUAGGACUUCACAAGUUGAAGCGUCUCGUUUCAUACUCAGACCCCGCGGAUGACGGAGCUCUCGUACGCCUCUUCUUCGCUGAUGGCACUCAAGCUACCUGCGAUGUUCUCGUGGGUGCGGAUGGUAUCAGGAGUGCUGUUCGUGCGACGAUGCUGAAUGAACUCGCGGAGAGCACGGAGGACAAGGCGCAUGCCGAGAGACUACGCGAUCGAGUCCUUCCGCGCUACAGCGGAGUUGUCACGCAUCGUAUCGUUCUCCCGAGGGAGAAAUUCUCCCAACUUUCACCUGACAGCACAGUAUGGACCAUGGGGAAAUUGUACUUGGGUGAUGGAGUGUUCAUCGUCACGUACCCUGUGUCUCAAGGGCGUCUUCUCAAUGUCGCCGUGACCACCGUGAACUACGAUCUCGAGUGGACACUGCACCCGCAUCCCUGGGUCUCGUACCUCAAGGCUGAAGAGCUUCUACCGCUCUUCGAGGGCUGGGCACAAGAAGCGCGCGGGGUCAUUGCGGGACUGGAAGGUGCAGGGUUGAAGAAAUGGGUCAUCAACGUCGUCAACCCUCUCGACGAGUGGUCGGCUGGUCGGGUUACUCUUCUUGGUGACGCUGCUCAUGGGAUGGUGCCCUUUCAAGGUGCCGGCGCAGGGCAAGCGAUCGAGGAUGUGCACAUUUUGUCGACUCUUCUUUCCCAUCCGCGCACCACGCGCCAAACGGUUCAACACGCUCUUCGCGCUUAUUCGGACGUGCGCGUGCCUAUCGCCGCAAAGUUCUUCGCGGCAUCGCGCAAGAACGGCCUACUCAUCACCAACACGAAGACACCACUGAGCGAUUGCGCCGCCGAACUACGCGAACUGGCCGAUAGUGCCUGGUGCUCGAGUCACCCCGAAGUGGAGAGCAGGCGCGCUGUGGAGGAGUUCGAAGCGGCUCUUGUGGGUGUAGUCUAA